AUGAUUGACUUAAAGGAAUUGCCUGAUGAUGGUGGUCACUCUGAAGUGCAUUUAACGGGUGGGAUUGGAGUUGAAGACCCCAUGUACUGCACGCAGCCUAAUGCCCCACAACCUGGUAGAGUCUACAAUGAGGUUGUAGGGGAAUCGCCUAAUCCCAUGAGUACCCAACAUGCUCCUGUUGCGCCUGAAGAAGCUAUGCAGACAGAAGGCGACAGUUUUGAUGACAUAACAACGUUUGCUAAAACAGGUGGAACUAUUGGACAAUGGGUUGUGGGAAAUGAUAAUGACGAUGAAGCUUGGUCCCAACCAAGAGAGCCUUUCAUAGGCAUGAGGUUUGAUACUCUUGAGUGUGCUCAAGAACACUACAAUGCCUACGCUCUCCGACUUGGGUUUUCAAUCAAGAUGAACACUUCUAGGAAAUCCAGAAAAACUGGAAAGUUGGAGAAGCAACAAUUUGUUUGCAAGAAGUUCCGAAAACCAAAAGUUGAUGAUGGAGGUGCGGAAACUGUCCCUGCCCUAGAUGUGAUUGAGGACACUAAUGGAGAUGCAGAAGAUGGUGCAGACGAUGAGAUUGUCUUCCUUGAUGAUGAGUGCAGGAAAAAAAAGAAGUCCAAGAAAAGAAAGCGAGAUACAAUAGUGCAGACAGGGUGCAGAGCAAGGAUGGUUGUGAAGCUAAAGGAUGGUCGCUUGAAUACGUUUGACACAAAGGAGGGAGAUAUUAUUGAGACAGUUGCCUACUUCAAGGAUCAACAACAAAAUGACCCUGAUUUUUUCUACAAGGUCAAAUAUGAUGAGGAGGAUAGGGUUGUCAAUAUGUUCUGGGUUGAUGGAGUAGCACGUAGGGCGUAUACUGAGGCUUAUCAUGAUUGUGUCUCUUUUGACACAACAUACAUGACAAACAUGCCAUUUGCGCCAUUCAUUGGUAUCAAUCGCCAUGGACAGUCGAUCAUGUUGGGGUCUGGGUUUGUUAGGCAAGAGUUGGAAACAAGCUUCGAUUGGUUGUUUGGGGCAUUUCUUGAAGAAAUGAAUGGUCGAGCACCUGACAACAUCAUAACUGACCAAGAUAUUGCAAUGGCUGAAUCAAUUAAGAACAUUUUCCCUAGAAGUGUGCAUCGGCCAUGUCGUUGGCACAGCAUGAAAAAAGCUCAAGAGAAGCUCGGGUCAAUGUUGGGCAGGAACCCUGGAUUGUCAAAGGAUUUCAACACAUGUGUAGACUUUAGCUUCACACCGGAAGAAUUUGAGGCAAAAUGGGCCACUCUAAUGAUGAAAUAUCAGGCUCCUAUUGGCACACACUUUGACAAACUCUACGAGUACCGUGCAACAUGGGUGUCGUGCUACUUCAAGCACCGGUUCUACCCAUUCUUGCAGUCGACACAAAGAAGCGAGGGGUUCAAUGCUGUGCGGAAGCGGUAUGCGAACCCACAUGGCUCUAUCCUAAACUUUGUGAAGCAGUAUGAAAAGAUUCAAACAAAUGUGUUUGUGCGGGAGGGUGCGCAAGAUUAUAGGACAGAGCACUUGCAAACUGAUUUGUGGUCACCUUUCCCCACUGAGAAGCAGGCGUACGAAACAUACACUAGAGACUUGUACAAAAAGUUUCAUAAUGAGUUUGAAAUGAUUGGGAGGUACAAUGUAUGGCCCCGGGGUGCACAUUUAUAUGAGCUUCAACCUAAUCAGGAAUGGGUUGCUAAAUAUGGGGACAGGAACUACUUUGUGUCAGUUGAAAGUGAUGCAGGCAACUACACUUGCGAGUGCUGCAAGGUGGACAGAGAUGGUAUCCUCUGCUGCCAUAUCUUGAAGGUAUUUACCCACCUUGGAGUGGAUGAAAUACCAGCGCAAUACAUUCUUCGGAGGUGGACUCCCCUAGCAGUUCCUGAUGCGCCCCCCGCUGUACAAGAACAAGCAGAUGAAAUGCCCCCAUUGUCAAAGUGGCAAAUGCGACAUACGAACUUGCAGAUGGAUUUUCCAAGCUUGGCCAAAGUUGCCUAUGCAUCCGAUGCUCCUGCAGAAAUUCUGAAGAAGCAUAUGCAUGCAGCUCGGACAUAG